AUGUCCAGCAGCCGCGGCAAAUUGCCGCCACGUUCCGAUCGCAAUGCCAACGAGGAGGAGCAGCUGCAGCAGUUACAGCUAGGCGCCAGGCCCAAGGCCCAUAAAAUGCUGCACUCCAAGACUGACAACCCGUCACCGGGACAUGCCAACUACAUGGAGCUGGAAUUUAGCCAAGCGGCGGCAGUUGGUCGCAGCUGCAGCGAGCUGCCUGUUAGCUAUGCCACCAGCACAGUUGUGAUGCCAGUGCAAGCCUAUCGGGAGCCGGCACCGCCCACGCCGCCACCGCUUUCGCAGAUACCCUCGCGUGAAUCGCGCUUGCUGCACUCGGCGCCGAAUACGCCCAGUCGCGGCAAAGUGGUGCUUAGCAAAAAGGAGCGCAAGGAGCUGAGCAAGCAGCUGGGCCUGGAGGAGCUGGCAGUUAGCACCUCAGCCCAAUCCAGCCCCUACAAGGGGCGUGUCACGGAGCUUAAGAACUGCAUAGCGCGUGGUCUUUUUGCAACGUUGCAUCGCGGCUCGCAGAAGUCGCUGCAGCCAGCGGCGGGCGCGGCGGCGGCAGAGCGAGGCAGCCAGGACAUGCAGCUGAGUCAAGAGUUGUCACCGCCGCCGCCAGCGCCAGAGCUGGCCAACAACAAUGAAGACGAUGCUGCCGAUUAUACAGAGAAGCUAAAGAAUUUGCCCGUGCGGCGACGUAAGGCAGCCACCUCGCACAUGGACAACUAUUGCCUCUUCGAUCCGGUGGACUUUAUCAACGAGAAGGCGCUGCGUUAUCCCGGCAAUGCGAAACAUGGUUUGCGGGAUCCUUUGUUCAGCUCCAGGCAGCAUCUGGUGUGCGAGGAUGAGGAGGAACUGGUGCCGGAAGUCAUCUACGAUGGCGAGGAGCUCGAGGAGACCAUCAUUAUUGAGACCUCCGGCGAAGCGGAUGCCGAAACUGAGGGCAGCGCUUGUGCUUUGCCCAGUUUUGAGCAUCAUAAUUAUUUUGUCAUCGAUCCGGACGACUUUGAAAUGGAGCCGGCCAUUCUAGACAUAGGCAUACCUAAUCCCUACAGCAACGAGCAGUUGGUGCAUGCCAAGCUGGAGCAACAGCUGCUGAAUGAGUUCGAAACAGCGCCCAGCAUGUCGAAUAGUCAGGAGUCGAAGGACACAGAAACCACCUCUACUGCUCUUGUGGAAUCCUCCACCUCCACCAAUUCGGCCAGCUCGAGCGGCAGCUCAAAUGCACAGCAACAGCAACAACAGCAACAGCAGUCCAUGAAAAAGAAGCUCACCUUUCUUAAUCUGUCGCCCUUUCGUCCGAGCGCCAAGAAAAGCAAUCAGAAAACCUAUAUGGAACAGCGCGCCAUCUCGGAGCUGGUCACCUCCGAUCACAUGCUGCAUCUGCAGCAGCUGUUGCAGCAACAGCGCAAGGAUCAGCGCGCCCACACGGUGCCCAUCGAGUCCAACUAUGUGCUGUUCAAUCCGGGACCCGUGCCCAGCCGCCAUGUGCAGUACAAGAUACGUAAGCCGCGCCCGCUCUCCACUCACAGCGAUGCGGACAGUGGAUUUCUCUCGCCCUGCUCACCGGAUGAACUGAAGGCCAAUCCAAGCAUUUUGGUGCUGCAGCAAUGCGACAGUGUUCAGGGUUAUAUUGAGGUGAGCUUGGAAUAUAAUGCGUAA